AUGUCCAAGUCAGGAUCCCCCUUGCGUCAGAGGGUGGUCAUGCCCCCGAGCUCAUCCAAGAGGGUGCCCUACAUGCUCAUUCCUCUGGAGCCCGGUCAGGUGGACUUGGAGGUGAAGGUCGUGAGCAUCGAAACCUGGGACCAUGUGAGCAAGACCAACCUGGUCCAGGUUUCUGAUCCUCGGGAAAAACAGAGGAAGGAGAACAUGGACACGAUGACCUUCCCUGAUGUGGCCGUGAGCUUCACCCCAGAGGAGUGGACAUGCUUGGAUGCCUCUCAAAGAAAGCUGUACAAGGACGUGAUGCUGGAGACCUACCAGCUUGAUGUGCAUAUGAGGAUUCACAAUGGAGAGAAGCCUUAUGGAUGUAAGGAAUGUGGAAUGGCCUUUGUUGCAUCCUCAAACCUUAUUAGCCAUAUGAGAAUUCACACUGGAGAGAGACCUUAUGUUUGUAAGGAAUGUGGGAAGGCCUUUGUUGAAUCCUCAGGCCUUACUCGGCAUAUGAGAAUUCACAAUGGAGAGAAGCCUUAUGGAUGUAAGGAGUGUGGGAAGGCCUUUGUUUCUUCCUCACACCUUAAUGAUCAUGUGAGAAUUCACACUGGAGAGAAACCUUUUGUUUGUAAGGAAUGUGGGAAGGCCUUUGUUUGUUCCUCAAACCUUACUGUUCAUGUGAGAAUUCACACUGGAGAGAAA